GGAACAUGCCUGGCAUGAGUGGCUGGUGAAACAUGGCGUCUGCUGCUGGGUCUAUUUUAGCUAACUGAUUAGCAAGCUAGCUAUAUUCAAAGGCUUUGACGAUAUUACUGUGAAUAGCAGUAGCUACAUUUUCAGUACAAUAAUAUCUUCAUUGCAAUAUAUUUCAAUAUGUCGGACUCAGAAGAGGACAGUCAAGAUAAGCAACUUAAAAUUGUAGUCAUCGGAGACGGCGCAUCGGGGAAGACAUCACUCGCCACCCGGUUUGCGCAAGAGGCCUUUGGGAAACAGUACAAACAGACCAUUGGCCUGGAUUUCUUUCUGAAGAGAAUAACUCUGCCAGGCAACUUGAAUGUUACCCUGCAAGUGUGGGAUAUUGGAGGUCAAACGAUUGGAGGGAAAAUGCUGGAUAAAUAUGUCUAUGGUGCUCAGGGUGUUCUUCUAGUGUACGACAUUACAAACUUCCAGAGCUUUAAGAAUCUGGAGGACUGGUACGGCAUGGUCAAGAAGGCCAAUGAAGAGUGUGACGUACAGCCUGUGGUCUCCCUGGUGGGAAACAAAAUCGACCUUGAGCAUAUGAGGACAGUGAAGGCUGACAAACACCAGCGCUUCUGCCAAGAGAACAGCCUCAUCAGUCAGUUCGUAUCUGCCAAGUCUGGAGACUCGGUGUUCCUGGCAUUUCAGAGAGUGGCUGCAGAGAUUCUGGGGGUGAAGCUCAAUAAAGCGGAGAUGGAGCAGUCCCAGAGGAUCGUGAAAGCUGAGCUGGUGGACUACCCUCAGGACGAAGCCCCCAUUAGACAAGAGACCAAUCAGAGCAAAAUCUGUUCUGUUCAAUAAUUGGAAUAUGUGGUGAAGGCAGAUAUCGUGAACUACAGUCAAGAGCCUGUGGCGAGGACAGUCAACCCCCCGCGCAGCUCCAUUUGUGUGGUGCAGUGACCCCCUCUCCCCCUACCUUCCCUCUUGCCCCUCCACAAGCUGAAUACAGCAGUGAGGGCCUCUGACCAGCAGGCUGCCCCAACACACUGGCCCAUAGCCAGAGCAGGAGAAUUGAGCUGGCCUGCUUCUUUCUGCUGAACACACACACUGAUUCCUCCCUUUACUCUCUCAAUGCACAAGUCUUCAGAAAGGCUGUAUAUCAGUAUUUCCUUUUUUUUAAAGGUUUUUAGGGUCAUCGGACCAAGAGCGGCAUAUUUUAAGAUUUCUAUAUGAGAAUCUCUCUGUAUGUCCAGUAUGUAAAUUUACAGCGACCCCACAGUAUAUUCCUGUUUUCAGUAUUUAAUAUAUUUUCUUGAAUUAUUUUUUGAGUAGUAACCAGCUUUGGCUACAGCAGACACCUGUUGAAAGUUAUGCUGAAAGGAAAUGGGACCUCCAUUUUUUUAGCAGUUUAAACACAUUUGUCAGUGUUUAUUUUCUUUUUGAGAAACUUUUACUAUUUUGACAUCUUUUUUUCUACUAUCUUCAUUGUCAAUUAUUCUUUAAAGGACCAUUUGAUUGUAUAUAGAUAUGAAAAGUUGGUUUCUAUAACAGAAAAAUAUACAUAAACCACUGUUUUCCAAAAUGUAAUUUUAAUGAUAGAAUGUGUUUUCCCUCUGCUGUUGUGUAUACAGAUGCCAUAUCUUAAUUUGAUCAUCCUGUUGUUGCAGGAACUUUCCUGCAAACUUGUAGUGUUUUCGACAUUUAAAAAGGCUUCUAAAGCUAGUAUUUUCCACUUUCAGACUUACUUUGCCGUAACGGAAAAUGUAUCAACCCCUACAAAAAAUGUCCAUUAAUUAUAAUCACAUAACAAUUAACAAUUCCUGUUGCUGAUAUAUUGACUUUGUCUCAGGCCUAGCAACACCCGUGUCAAUAUAUCCUCCAAACACCGGCUUCUCGGGCAUCAUUACUUAAAUAUACCACGGCUUUCAGCCAAUCAGCAUCCAGGAGCCGAAUUUUUCUGCGCCGCAGGAAAUGCAGAUGAGCUUUGUGAUUUACAUAAAUUCACUGAAAACUCACACCAACACACAGUUAUAUUAGCAGUGUUGCAUUUUUCGUGUAGCCUCAUUUUGCCCAACCACUGAUCAAGCAACAUUAUGGACUAAACUUUCAAAUCCUGUUGCUGCAGGAUUAUUUUGCUACGACAAUACUGUUCAAAGUAAGAUCCAACAUCUGUAAAAACAAUGUGCUGAAUGUAAAAUGAACCGCUGGCUUUAUUUAGAGUGUGCUCAAGGAAUAUGUCACUAUAAAAUAUAGCUUCUGCAUUCUUAGUGCUCUACACAGUGCCCUUCUAAAAGGAAAGGUUUAGAUGUUUAGGCACUGUAGUCAAUGGAAACUAGUUUUAUUUCACUUGCCAAUUAGCAGCUUGCUUGAACAACUGUGAUUUCCCAUUACUUUCAAGAUGUAAUAAUAACAUUAAUAACAGAUGUUAGUUAGAAAAAAUAAACUUUGAUUUAUUAACCUGAUCAUCAGGAAUUUCAGUUUUUCUGCCACUCUACAUUUGUGAAAUUGACCAAUUACCCAAAAAGUAUCUAUUUUCCUGAUUUAUAUUUUUAUGUUGAUAACAUCUUUAAUUGAAGCAUCAUUCAGUUUCAUGUGAUGCAUAUCAAGACCGUAUUUUUGUGGAAAACCUAUGUAGUCCUAGUUGAAAUAUAUUUGGCAUUGAACAAUUCUGUUGCUAUUUUUAACCUUGAAUGGAUAAAAAUGUAAAUAUGAACUGGAGCAGCUUAAAGGUAUGAUAAUUCAUCUUAGCUGUAUGUUUAUAGCCUUACUCAACUGUCUGUAGAACAGAAAACACUGCCAUGAAGAACUGCUUUGACACGUGAAAUGUCUUCAUUGGAUCUUCAUCUUGUCCAAACAAGCUGAAUAACAGCCAACUUACACUCUUAUAGAAAAAUGUUAUAUCUAUAACCUAAAAGGGUUCUUUGUCUGUUCCCAUGGGAGAACCGUUUCAAUAAAUAUGUUGGGUUCCAUGUAGAACCCUUUCCACGGUUCCCCCAUGGGGACUGCCAAACCAUUUUUUGGAACCCUUUUUUCUAAGAGUGUAUACAUACAUAAAUUAUAGGCAUGUGUUUGUACUCGUCCCUGCUUUGUCUUGUAGUUUGUAUUUGUCAAAAUGUUUUCUUCGACCGCUAUGUUGUACUUGCACACAGAGGAUGUCAACAUUUGUAUUUGUAGUACAACAGAAAAUACAUGACAUGAUUGGAUUUUACUCUGUAAACCACGGUGUUCGCCUUGUGUAAAUUAUAUAUUUGUAAAUCAUCUGCAUUGUUUUGUGGAAGAUCUUAUUUAUAAAAUGCUGCUCACAUUUCAGUGAGAUGUCAAGAACCUC